AUGGCCAAGCUCAGCCGGAAAAAGAAACACAACAAACGCUGCAGCAAGAAGAAAACAUCCGCCUGGAUGGACCUCGAAGAGGCCCCGACGCUGAAGGUCAUGCCAGACGACCCCGAUGAAGACGCCCCACCCAAGCAAAAGCCUGCAGUGCCAAUCUACACAGAGGAGCGAGUGCUCGAGAUUCAGGACCCCUACGAGCAGUGGGUCUCCGCGAGGCAGCGAAUUCUGCUGCUCGUGGCCAUCCCCGCACUCCUGCCACCCAUCACACAGACCAUGUACCUGCCCACCAUCAACGAGGUGAUCAAAGACUUGAACACCAACCAAGAGAUGGUGGCCUGGACACUCUCCAUCUUUGCUCUUGGCAAUGCCCUUUUCCCCAUGUCGUGGGGCUCGAUCAGCGACCGAUACGGUCGCCGAACCGUGCUCCUGGCCUGUCUCUCUAUCUUCUUUGCCGCUGCCGCUUUCUCUGCUUGUGCGUGGAGCGUGUACGCACUCAUUUUUGGGCGAAUCGUUCAAUCGCUUGGCCUGUCGGCCGCCGGCGUGGUCGGUGCGGGCUCGCUGGCCGACGUCUAUCCUCCUGCCAUCCGCGGCAAUGCCAUGGGAUGGUACACGGCCACCGUUUUGAUGGGCACCGUCAUCGGUCCGGUCCUGGGCGGGUUUGUGGGCGAAUUCUUUGGGUGGCGAGCCAUUUUCUGGUCGUUGGCCAUCGCCGCUGCCACCUUGAUCGUCGUUAUUUUCUUCUUUCUUCCCGAGACCCUCAACAAGUCCGGCCCAAAGCGAUCGGCCAACCCGAUCCACACUCUCAAGUUCUUCCUCCACCCUCCACUCCUCGUCUUGUUCGUCCUGGGAGGAGCUGUAGGCGGCUGUAUGCUUCUCAUUCUCUUCAUCUUUCCGAUUCAAAUGAACAACCUCUACGGCUUGAACGACUUCGAGAUCGGACUGGCCUACGUGCCAUUCGGCCUGGGCACCGUCCUGGGCACCCUUUUGGGCGGCAAGGCGGCCGAUCUGUGCUUUCGGUACAAAGGCCUGGGCGGGCGACUCGUGCCGGCACUGCUCGGCGCGUUGGGCAUGAUCGCGGCCCUCAUGGUCUUUGCAUGGACGAUCGAGUGGACGUUUUGGCUGUGCAUGGUCUCGCUCUUCAUGGUGGGCUUCUUCCUCACCUUCACGCGACCAGGCUUCACCACCUUCGCGAUCGAGCAGAGGCCCCGAGGAGCGGCCAGCGUGCAGGCGUGCUUCUAUUCGUUCCACAACCUGUGCGGCUUCGUGGUGCUCAAUGCGGGUCCGAUCAUCAUCGAGAAGACGUCGAUCCGGUGGGCCUUCUCCGGCUACUCGCUGCUCAUCGUCGCCAUCUGCGUGCCGCUCUUCUUCCUCCUGUGCUCCUGGACCGGCAUCUACAAGGUCGAGGACAUGGGCAAGUCCAAUAGCAGCGGUAGCGGCAGCUCCAGCGACGAGCUGGUGCUGUCCGAGACAACACCAUUGAAACAGGUCGUCGUGCACGUCGCGCCUAGCCGAUGA